UCAAUUCCUACCCCACCAAAAAGCAGCUGCGAGUUUGAUCAAUAUAAUCUCUCGUACUUUCAGAAACCAAAAGCUAAGCGUUAUGGGCUCAAUGAAUGGUUCAAAAACUGAUGAGUACGUAAGGCUGUUAGGAGCAUGGCCUAGCCCUUUCGUGCUGAGGACUAGGAUCGCACUUAACCUAAAGCGUGUAGCGUACGAGUAUCUCGAAGAAGAAGAUACUUUGAAUUCGGAGAGCGUGUUGAACUAUAACCCCGUCCAUAAACAGAUCCCUAUCCUCAUCCAUGGUAAUAAACCAAUCCGUGAAUCUCUCAACAUCGUCAUGUAUGUUGAUGAAACUUGGCUCUCCGGUCCUCCCAUCCUUCCUUCUGAUCCCUUUGAUCGUGCCGUAGCUCGCUUUUGGGACGUUUACAUCGAUGAACACUGUUUUACAUCAAUCAAUGGAGUGGCAAUAGCAAAAGACGAGGAUGAAAGAAAGGCGGCGAUAGCAAAGCUAGAGCAAUGUAUGGCUCUAUUGGAAGAAACAUUUCAAGAAUGCAGCAAAGGAAGAGGUUUCUUUGGAGGAGAAAACAUUGGAUUCAUUGAUAUCGGUUUUGGAUCAAUGUUGGGUCCUCUCAAGGUUCUAGAGAAAUUUACUGGGGUCAAGUUCAUACAUCCAGAGAACACACCAGGUCUUUUCCAUUGGGCAGACAGAUUCUACGCCCAUGAAGCAGUCAAGCCUGUCAUGCCUGAUAUUGAAAAGCUGGUCGAGUUCGCUAGGCUUAAGUUCAAUACUUCAAUCUUUAAAUGAAGAAAAAUUAAGAGGAAGACCAAAGGUUUUAAAAAUAAAAUAUAGACGACGAACAAGUUACCAUAUGUAUCGAAUAAUCGAGAUCGAGGAAUAAGAUGAUAGACUCGAUUAAUUAAAAGGCACAGUCAAAAAAGUUCUUUGUUGAUUUGUAUUUUUUUUUUCUGUUGAACUUUUGCACUAUGACGUAUAAAUGCGGAAACGUAAAUACAUUUUAUAUCUAAAACUAAA